CCCAGGGAGCAGCAGCCGGCCGGCGCUGUGACUUCGCUCCGCCGCUUCUACGCUGCGAAUUUAAUGUAGAACAAAAAUCUUUGCUUCCCUCUUUUCGUGUUUGCAUUUGGAUUUUUGCUCCCUGGCGGUGCAUUAGCUCGAAUGCGCUUGUCCGGGGGGAGAUUGGGGACUGCUCGGGGCUGAAGCGGGCUGGAUUGGGAGCGGGGGAGCCCGGGUUGUCUGUCUGUCAUGGGCUUGGAGUGCGGUGACACAUCGGCCACUAUUGUAUCCGCCCGCCGCCCGCUGUAACAUUGUAGCCGCCGCUCAGCCCCAGCUCAGCAUCUCCCUCAACCUCGCCGUCUGCACCUCAAGGAACCGGUCGCUGUGAGUCGGAGAGAGAGAAAAAGGCAAGAUGUCUGGGGCAUCCGUCAAGGUGGCUGUCCGUGUGAGACCCUUUAACACUCGGGAGAUCAACAAGGACUCCAAAUGCAUCAUUCAGAUGCAAGGCAACAUCACCACUAUUUUUAACCCGAAGAAUCCAAAGGAUUCACCAAAGACCUUCAGCUUCGAUCACUCGUACUGGUCACAUACUUCGACUGAAGAUCCAUCCUUUGCGUCACAGAGUCAAGUCUACAAUGACAUUGGCAAAGAAAUGCUGCAGCAUUCCUUCGAGGGUUACAAUGUGUGCAUUUUUGCAUACGGGCAGACCGGGGCCGGGAAAUCCUAUACGAUGAUGGGAAAACAGGAUAAAGACCAUCAAGGAAUAAUCCCACAGCUUUGUGAAGACCUCUUUGAAAAAAUAAACGACAACAGCAAAUCUGACAUGUCCUACUCAGUGGAGGUGAGUUACAUGGAGAUUUAUUGUGAGAGGGUUCGGGAUCUGUUGAAUCCCAAGACCAAAGGAAACCUGCGGGUUCGAGAGCAUCCAUUGCUGGGUCCUUACGUUGAAGACCUUUCCAAACUGGCUGUUACGUCAUACACGGAUAUUGCGGAUCUCAUGGAUGCCGGGAACAAAGCCAGAACUGUAGCAGCAACAAACAUGAACGAGACCAGCAGCAGAUCCCACGCUGUCUUCACCAUAGUUUUUACACAGAAGAGGCACGAUGUGGAAACUGACCUUUGUACAGAAAAGGUCAGCAAAAUUAGCCUGGUUGAUCUGGCUGGCAGCGAGAGAGCAGACUCCACCGGGGCUAAAGGAACAAGAUUAAAGGAAGGAGCAAAUAUCAACAAAUCACUCACAACAUUGGGAAAAGUCAUCUCUGCCCUUGCCGAAGUGGAUAAUGCUCCCAGUAAGAGUAAGAAGAAAAAGAAGACUGAUUUUAUUCCAUACAGAGACUCUGUGCUGACGUGGCUUCUGAGAGAGAAUUUGGGUGGGAACUCACGGACUGCAAUGGUUGCUGCCCUCAGUCCAGCUGACAUUAACUACGAUGAAACUCUCGGCACUUUAAGAUACGCGGACCGUGCGAAGCAGAUCAAGUGCAACGCGGUGAUCAACGAGGAUCCAAAUGCUAAACUGAUCCGGGAGCUGAAGGAUGAAGUCAUGCGAUUGAAGGACUUGCUCUGCUCCCAGGGCCUCGGCGAUAUCUUAGACAUUGAGCCAAUGACUGAUGAUUACUCUGGAAGUGGAUUCAAAUAUUUGAAAGAGAUACAGAACAGUAACCAUAAGUACAAACUAGCCUCAGGAAAUCAAAGGCCUGGCCAUUUCUCCACAGCGCCAGUGGGCUCACUAGCAGCCUCGCCAUCUUCCACCUCGCUGAGCAGCCAGGCAGCUAUUCAAUCCGUGACCAGCCUGCAAGAGCGGAUAAUGUCUACUCCCGGCGGCGAAGAGGCCAUUGAACGCUUAAAGGAAUCUGAAAAGAUCAUCGCUGAGCUGAAUGAGACUUGGGAAGAAAAACUUCGGAAAACCGAAGCAAUUAGGAUGGAAAGAGAGGCUCUUUUGGCUGAAAUGGGAGUCGCUAUACGUGAGGAUGGAGGCACCCUGGGAGUGUUCUCCCCUAAAAAGACGCCGCAUCUUGUGAACCUCAAUGAAGAUCCUCUCAUGUCCGAGUGUCUGCUGUACUACAUUAAAGAUGGCACCACAAGGGUUGGCCAGACGGAAGCACAGAGACGCCAGGAUAUUGUUCUCAGUGGAGCCCACAUCCGAGAAGAACAUUGCAGCUUCAGGAGCGACAAGAAUCAAACUGGAGAAGUUAUCGUGACUUUGGUGCCCUGUGAAGGAUCUGAAACCUAUGUGAAUGGCAAACGCGUCAUCAAUCCAGUAAAAUUACGUUCAGGGAAUCGCAUAAUAAUGGGCAAGAAUCACGUUUUCCGAUUCAACCAUCCAGAGCAGGCGCGCGCUGAGCGAGAGAAGACCCCGUCUGCUGAGACCCCGGUCGAACCCGUUGACUGGGCCUUUGCCCAGCGAGAACUUCUUGAAAAACAAGGCAUUGAUAUGAAGCAGGAGAUGGAGAAAAGACUUCAGGAAAUGGAGAUCUUGUACAAGAAGGAGAAAGAGGAGGCAGACCUACUUCUGGAACAACAGCGCUUGGACUAUGAAAGUAAACUGGAAGCGUUACAGAAGCAAGUGGAAACCCGCUCUCUAGCUGCAGAAACAACUGAAGAGGAAGAUGAGGAGGAUGAAGAGGAGGAGGAAGCACACUGGACCCAGCAUGACUUCGAGCUGGCUGAGUGGGCAUUCAGGAAGUGGAAGUAUCACCAAUUCACAUCCCUACGGGACUUGCUUUGGGGCAAUGCCGUCUACCUGAAGGAGGCGAAUGCUAUUAGUGUUGAGCUGAAGAAGAAGGUACAAUUCCAGUUUGUGCUGCUCACAGACACGCUAUAUUCGCCACUUCCUCCUGAAUUACUCCCUGCUGAGGCAGAGUUGGAUCGGGAAGCCCGGCUGUUCCCCAGGACUGUGGUUGCGGUGGAAGUACAGGAUCUGAAGAAUGGCGCCACGCAUUAUUGGUCUCUGGAAAAACUCAAGCAAAGGUUGGAACUGAUGCGUGAGAUGUACGAUCGUGCUGGCGAAAUGGCCUCCAACGCACAGGAUGAGAGUGAGAACGUCAUGACGGGCAGAGACCCAUUCUACGACCGCUUCCACUGGUUUAAACUCGUGGGAAGUUCCCCAAUUUUCCACGGCUGUGUGAACGAGCAUCUUGCUGAUCGCACACCCUCGCCCACCUUCUCCACAGCUGACUCUGACAUCACUGAGCUUGCUGAUGAACAACAGAGCGAGAUCGAAGACUUGGAUGACGAGGCCUUUGUGGACGACACUAGCUCAGAUCUGGGCAACGAAGAGGGCUCUGACAUCUUCAGCGAUGGACAGGAUCCAUUUUAUGACCGGUCCCCCUGGUUCAUUUUAGUGGGAAGAGCAUUUGUUUACCUCAGCAAUUUGCUGUAUCCCGUCCCCCUUGUUCACAGAAUUGCUAUAGUUAGUGAGAAGGGAGAGGUCCGGGGGUUCCUCCGAGUGGGGGUUCAGGCCAUCACAGCUGAUGAAGAGGCCCCAGAUUAUGGAUCGGGCGUGCGUCAGUCCGGGACUGCUAAAAUCUCAUUCGACGAUGAGUACUACAGAGAGAGUGGCAUUUCUUCCAUGGUAAUGUCACGCUCAGGGCUGUCGAUGGAGGAACUCAGGAUUGUGGAAGGGCAAGGUCAAAGUACAGAUGUGGUAACCCCAUCAGAGGAGAUGAACAGAUUCAACGAGUACGGUUUUAAAUCAAGUACGGAAUUGGACCCCAAGUUAUCUUCCGAGGGGAUAUCUGAUGAAGGCGUUGAACAUCUAAAAAUCGGCAGCGUUUUCACUUUCCGGGUGACGGUGUUGCAAGCCAGUGGGAUCCCGGCUGAAUACGCAGACAUCUUUUGUCAGUUCAAUUUCCUACAUCGCCAUGACGAGGCCUUCUCCACGGAGCCCCUAAAGAACGGCGGUCGAGGAACACCCCUCGGCUUUUACCACGUACAGAACAUUGCUGUCGAAGUAACGGAAUCCUUCUCUGAAUACAUCAAGACCAAGCCCAUUGUGUUUGAGGUGUUUGGACAUUAUCAGCAGUACCCUUAUUAUUUCCAAGGACAGGAUUUUAUCAGAACACCACAACCAGCACGCAAAUAUUUCCCUCCUCCGAUGCCUCUCUCAAAACCAGUUCCAGCCACCAAGGUGAAUGCCGUGAGCAAACCCAGCCGGGGGCAAUGCGUUAGCAAGUACGACCUCCUCGUCUGGUUUGAGAUCAGCGAGCUGGAGCCGACAGGAGAAUACAUCGCUGCUGUUGUGGAUCACAGUGGAGGGAUGCCCUGUCAAGGCACUUACCUGCUUCACCAGGGAAUUCAGCGCAGGAUUACGGUCACUAUCGUGCAUGAGAAGGGCAGUGAACUUCACUGGAAGGACGUUCGAGAGCUGGUUGUCGGACGCAUCAGGAAUAAACCCAAGGUGGAUGAAGCUGCUGUCGAUGCCGUUUUAUCUUUGAAUAUUAUUUCUGCAAAGCAUAUCAAAUCUUCAAAUGACGCUCACAGGCUAUUUCUUGAUUUGGAUUUACCUAGAAGUUUUUAUCGGUUCGAGGCCGUUUGGGACAGCUCCUUGCACAAUUCCCUCCUUCUGAACCGCGUGACUCCAUAUGGAGAAAGAAUCUACAUGACCCUUUCAGCAUACCUGGAGCUGGACCAUUGCAUUCAGCCAGCGGUGAUCACCAAAGAUAUCUGCAUGGUCUUCUACUCCCGGGAUGCCAAGAUCUCGCCUCCACGUUCCCUGCGUAACCUGUUUGGCAGUGGCUACGCAAAGACACCCGACUGUAACCGAAUAAGUGGGGUUUAUGAGCUUAGUCUGUGUAAAAUGUCAGACACAGGGAGCCCUGGGAUGCAAAGAAGGAGAAGGAAAAUUUUGGAUACCUCGGUUGCCUACGUGAGAGGAGAGGAGAAUUUGGCCGGCUGGAGGCCCCGUGGGGACAGCCUCAUCCUGGAACACCAGUGGGAGCUGGAAAAACUGGACAUCCUGCAUGAGGUUGAGCGGACUCGCCAUCUCCUGCUGCUGAGGGAGAAGCUGGGUGAAGCGCCGCCCAAGUCUCUCUGCGACUCCAUCUCUCCGAGUAUGAGCAGCGGCACGCUCAGCACCUCCACCAGCAUCUCCUCCCAGAUAUCCACCACCACCUUCGAGAGCGCCGUCACACCCAGCGAGAGCAGUGGGUACGACUCUUCGGACAUCCAGAGCCUGGUGGACCGUGAGAAGGAGCUGGCGACCAAGUGCCUGCGACUUCUAAUGCACACCUUUAACAAGGAUCUGAACCAGGUGUGCAGUAGCAUCAGUGACAGUAAGCUGUCGGAUGUCAACUCCCCCAUCGGUCGCGAUGCAUCGGUCUCCAGCUUCAGCAGCAGCACACUGACCCCCUCUUCCACCUGCCCAUCACUCGCAGACUCCAGGUGUAACUCGGUCGACCAGAAGACUCCUGAUGCCAACACUAGAUCAUCCAGUCCCUGCAUGGAGUUUGAUGGCUUCCCUAUGGUUACGCGAGUGGAAACCUCAUACUUGGCCAGAGCUGGGAAGAAUGAAUUCCUGAACCUUCUUCCUGACAUUGAAGAGAUCAGAACUGGCCCUGUGGUGUCAAAGAAGGGAUACCUGCACUUCAUGGAGCCACUGUCUAAUUCUUGGGUGAAACACUACGUUGCUAUCCGGCGUCCCUACGUGUUCAUGUACAACAGCGACAAGGACCCCGUGGAGCGAGGAAUUCUGAACCUGUCCACUGCCCAAGUGGAGUACAGUGAAGACCAGCAGGCAAUGCUGAAGACGGCUAAUACAUUUGCAGUGUGCACAAAGCAUCGUGGAAUCCUGCUGCAAGCAAGCAAUGACAAGGAUAUGUAUGACUGGUUGUAUGCUUUUAAUCCAUUGCUGGCCGGUUCAAUCAGGUCGAAACUCGCUCGAAGACGUUCAGGGCAACCGACAGUGUGAAGGCGAACCUUCUGCGGAGAGCAAGAAAUGACGUGGAUAUUCUGACUUGCCCUCUGAACAUUCAAGUGUUGCUGUUAACCUUUGUGAUCCUUGACUAUUUCUCCCGUACAUGUAGACCUGUGGCUUAACUCUCUGUCUGACCACCUUUUUUUAUUUUCUAGUUCACAGAAUGCUUUUCCGUUACAUCCGUCCCAAUCUGGUAGUAGCAUGUUGUAAAAUAGUCAAGUGCCAGCACGAUUAACCACUUUCCUCCACUCUCCUGCUGUUUUUCUCGUGUCUGUAGGAUGUCAUUGUCUGUGCUACCUAGCGAAAUGCAGCCUCUGGACUGUGACUGCAUGAUAACCACAACUGGCAUCAGGCUGUAAGUUGAGGCAGGACAGAGAGGGGCAGACUCCUGCCCGAUGAGUGAUGUUAUAGGGUAGCUGUUCCUUUCAGGAACAGGGUUGUGCGUGUGUGCUGGAAUAUUGUUUCCUGAUCCCCGGUACUUGGGAAUGCUGCAGUUACCAGGGAGGCAGCAGCUGUGAACUUGGCGGGAUUACGCUGGUCUAGUGUGGUAGAGGGUGAGACUCAUUCUGGGGAAACAUUGUCCCUCUACACAUGAUGAGAAAGCGAGCGGCUUUGAACAGAUGACUCACUUUUAACAUAUGACUCGCUAAUCAGUCGCGUUGCAGGAUAGCACUGAGAACUACCAGGGAAAACGAUCGAAGUUCUAUGCCGCUGUCCACACAGAAGCUGGGGUGUUGGGGCUCUCCUUGCCCUGUCCAUGUUUGCUUUGAGUGUGCUUGUGUACCUACCUACAGGGACAAGUUUGCCAUGGGCCUCUCUGUACGCAAUGGCUGGACUUGGCCGGCAAUGCAUGUAUGUGGCUGAGGCUUGUUGGUGAGAAGAUGCCUGUGUUAUUUCAGUGAGGGAGUGUUCUUUGGAGGGUAGUCAUCGCGGGUCGGGAGGAAUGUCCUGAAAUAGCUGACCGCCAUGCCAAAUGGGGAACUGGAAAUGCUCCACAACUCAUGCACCAAGCUGCAUUUCCCUCAUACUC